AUGCAGCGCGAAGUGGGGAUUGCCCAGGGAUCGCCAUCAGAAGCUAAAUUCGUCGGGAAAGGCCAACAAUUUGGAGGAAGAGGAGGAGGAGGAGGAGGAGGAGGAGGAGGAGGAGGAGGAGGAGCGAGAACAGGGCGUGCAGUCUGUUGGCCGGUAAAUUCGGGCAGGCGAGACGACGAGCGAACGGAGCAGCAGAAACGGGUAGAAAAAAGCAGAGAACCAAGCACAGGUCGGCUGUCGACGGGCGGAUCGGCCAGCGCAAAAGCCACCGCCAUCAUCGCCGUCUGGAGAGCUUAA